AGAAGACAAGCUGAGAGCCGCCCAGCUCUUCCUCACCGUUUGUGUACACGUAUCGUGUGUACAGCACUUUAACAGCGUUGUUUAAAUAGUGAUCGAUAGGGAUAAACUGUCCGAAAUGGAUCCAUUUACUGAGAAACUGUUGGAGCGGACUCGGGCUCGCAGAGAGAAUCUGCAGAAGAAAAUGGCAGAGAGACCAAAUGCAGCCAACAGACAGAUGGUGAAACGGCCCAGAGAGCCGCUGGCUGACACCAAUAGUGUGAUCAGUGAGCCAGUCACUGAUAAAGUUCCACAGGUGUCCUCCAGGCCUUCUCCCUCCAAGCGCAGGUGCUCAGAGGAAAAUGCCUCGCCUGCAGCCGGUGAGGAAAACCAGGAGCCAGUGACGACACGAGCGGUUGCUCCUGUGCUCGCGGAUCCUCCCACAGACAAGAAACCCCCGGUGGGGCCUGCCAGCGUUGGUCAUUCCUCCUCCCUGGAGAAGACUGCUACCCGGCCUGCUGUCCAGCCUCAGCCAGGGCAGCAGAAAACUCCAGAGCCAGAGAAAAUGACCCCAGCUCCUAAUCCUCCGAGGAGCAGAGAAGUAGAGAUGGCGCCUGCCAGUUCAGCCUGGCAGGGGAACAAGGAGCACCUGGUGGAAGUCGCAGCUCCACCUGCUGCUGGCAUGAGGUCUCGUCUGCAGAGGCUAGCACAGCAGAGAAAGUAUUGGGAUGGUGAUGACUCCUCUGAUGAAGUUCCAGACUGCACCUCCCUGUCCCCGUUGAAGAAACCAGCUGAGGUCCCACCAGCUGCCGUCCCCCCCGUGUCCUCGGGAACUCCCGUUGGGAGGAGAGGCCGACUCGCCAACCUCGCCGCCACCAUUGGAACCUGGGAAGACGACCUGAGCCAUGCUAACAUUCCCAUUGAGACUGCAAAACAGAAGCCUGGUACAGUGGUUCAUAAGUUAGCAGUCAGAGACGCUGCGGUGGCUGCCGGCACUAAACCAAGUGCUGCUGGCCAUGUGGUGGCCAGUUCAACAGGAAGCAUCAAAUCUACACCCAGCUCUCAGGUUCUGAUUUGUCCAGCGAAGCCGAGCCGAGUGAUUCUCCCAAGCCCUCAGAAGGCUGACAUUCCUGCAGGCAGGCCGGCACUUAAGUCAGGAAUCAGUCCUCAGAAGAUGUUCAGUCAGGGGGAGACCUUCCCCCCUAGUCCCCAGAAGAGUUCCCUCCAGGGAAAAGCCUUCCCAUCCAGUCCCCAGAAGGCUGGUCCCUCCUCCUCAACAUCAGUGCCUCAAAGUCCCCUGAAGAAUCAGGCCGUCUCUAGGGGUCUCGCCUCCAGCCCCCAGAAGCCAGAACUCCGCGGCAAGCCCACCACUGCUGGCCCCUCUGGCCCUCAGGAAAUGGCCACUGCUGGGACACCUGGUGUGAAGUCUUUCCUGGAGCGCUUUGGAGAGAGGUGCCAGGAGCGCAGCACCAACCAGAGCUCCCCAGCUGGGGGUGCUGCCCAGUGCAAGACUCCCACUGUAACUCCACCAUCCGUCACACCAAACACCAGACUGGUGCAGGAGAGGCUCAGAGCCGCCCGAGCUGCAAACACAACCACUGCUGAUCUCACCCAAAGACAGAAGCAGGAGCGAGAGUCUGAGCUGGCUCAGAUUCGGAAUCGCUUUCAGAAGGGGAACAACAAUAUGUGGAAAAAUAAUGAGGAAGCAGCAACAGCCAAUAAAAACACAGGCAUCAAGGAACAGCUUGACAAACCCGUGGAGGCUGAAGUUCCCCGAUGUGAGCCUCGGGAUGAACCCUCAGCACCUUCUUCUGAGAGUAUAGACACAACCACGAAGUGCCCUCCUCCAGGUCCUGUGUUGAUGCUCUCGCCUCCCACAUCAACAUCCAGUCCUCUGAGGGUGGUCGACCAUACUGUAGAGAAAACAACUGAUGAAACCACAGAAGAAGACGAGGAGGUGGUCAGGGAGAUAGAGAUGAAUGUGGACCGGUCCAUCAACUCUGCUGUUAUCAACGAGCUGUUUGAUAGAGCCCUGGACCAGAGUGAUGAUGAGGAUGGGGAGGAAGAUGCUUUGAAUAUCUCCUCCAUGUCCCUCCUCACUCCACUGGCAGAGGUGGUGAAGAGUCCAGAGAGACGAAUGAUGACGUCAACUCCAGCCAGCUCGUUCCUCGUGAAGAGCAACACUCCAGGCAAUGUUUCCAAACCCAGCAAGUUCCAGAGAACCAACAUAGUACGGACUGCCUCCUCAGAGGCGUUAGACGAGGACCACAAACUGCCAUAUAGCAUCGAUGCAUACAGGUCCAUCCGGGUGAAAGAGACCGAGAGACCAACCGUGAAACAGGUGAUCGUGAGAAAAGAGGACGUUUCUCACAGAGCGGAGGAACCAAGAGGAUCCAGUCUCUCCAGUAUCAAACAGAAGAUGAAGAUUCUGACAAAUGAGGUGAACCUGCAGCAGACAGUCAUUCAUCAGGCCAGUCAGGCACUGAAUUGCUGCACGGAUGAAGAGCAUGGCAGAGGAUCCCAGGUGGAGGCUGAGGCAGAGAGGCUGCUGCUGGUGGCAACGGAGAGGAGGGAGGCGUUGAAGGCAGAGCUGGACCGUCUGAAAGGAGACCCAAAGGGCCAUAAGAAGGCCUCUGCAGCCCCAGAACCUUCUAGCAUGUCUGCCUCCAGGGGCUCCAUCACCCUGCAGGAGUUGCGCCUGCCUCUCAAGGCAGACUUUGUUUGCUCCAUUGCCAACAAGCCAGAGUCGGCCAAACAUUCGUUCUUCUUGAUGAUUCGUGCGGGAGCAGAGCACACUGUAGCCACACCUUUAGCCAGCACCCACCAGGGCCUGAGAGGGGACACCCUGGCUUUCCCCACCAAGUUCACCAUAUCUGACGUCUCCAGUGACUUUGAUAUUGCUGUUGAGGUCUAUUGCUUGGUGCAGAAGCGUGACGCCUGCAGUGACAAGAAGAAGAAACCCAGCAAGUCAAAGGCGAUCACGCCAAAGAGAUUCCUCGCCAUCACUAAAAGUGUCCACACACCAGUUGUGGCCAGUCCAGGAGGCCCCAAUGCUGUUCGCACCAGUAACUUCGUCCUGGUCGGAUCACACAAGCUCACCCUGGCCUCUACCGGGACAAACAAAUUUCCUUUGGAGAAGAUCGUAUAUGAAGGAAGUGAAAGAGAACUACUCAGUGACAUGUUUCAUACCAAGGUGCCAUUCUUGUGCCCUCUGGAGGGCCACAUCUACCUCAAGAUGCAGUGUGAAGUUGGCUCCAAAGUGGAGGAGAAGGGCUUCCUGACGAUGUUUGAAGAUGUGAGUGGAUUUGGAGCGUGGCACAGGAGGUGGUGUGUCCUGUCGGGAUACUGCAUCUCCUACUGGACCUACCCAGACGAUGAGAAGCGCAAGAAUCCCAUCGGCCGCAUCAGCCUGGCUAACUGCACCAGCAAUAAGGUGGAACCAGCCAACCGGGAGUUCUGUGCCAGACCCCACACAUUUGAGCUCAUCACAGUCAGACCACGAAGAGAGGAUGACAAAGAAACACUAGUCAGCCAGUGCCAGAACACCAUGUGUGUCACCAAAAACUGGCUGAGUGCAGACACUAAGGACGAGAGGAAUCUGUGGAUGAAGAAGCUGAACCAGAUCGUGGUGGAUCUGCGUAUGUGGCAACCGGACGCCUGUUACAGGCCACUGUAAUCACCGCACUCUGCUUGGGCCUUUCAUUGUCAGUGACGCAUGCAAUCACAAAGUGCAAUACAGUAUGCCAAUUGUUAAAUAUUAUCAGUGAUCAGACACAUAAGUUAAAGAUCAGAGGUGUAGGUAAAUAAAGCCAUCGAGACAUUUCGUAUUUUGUGUAGGAGUCGGGGUUUGGCACUAUUUUUUUACUACAUUUCCACACUGGUUUGAUAUUCUAGUGUUUCUGGGUGUUGGUGAGUUGCCACAUUUUUAUAUUAAUGCCAAUAUUUAGUGUCCUCGACACGCAAUGCAUGGCUUUAAAUUAUUUGGUUUCAAGGCUGAAAUCAAUGUAUAUAAAUGAUGUUAUAAUUACAGAUGAAUACUGAGGCGCCACAGUUUUAUCUCAUUUUAUCCUGCAUGGCAGCACAGAACAAUACUGAGACUUUUGGUAAGUUUUUACUUUAUAUGUUAGCUUUCAUAACUUGCGGCAGGAUUCACACGUUUUUCCAUCGUCAUGCAGUUGUACCCCAGCUUUCAAUCUAGUUGUGAUGUUAAGUGUUUGUGUCUUUGUUUCGGUGUGGAAGUUAGAGUUUUGGAUAACCACGGAUAAGGUCUGUUACAUAGACUACGCUAGAACCUCACCAACAUUGAUUUUAUGUAAAUGCGUCACUAACAUUUGUUACAGCUGUAAAUCAUCCGGAACAUGUGUUACUGCAGCUUUGAAUACCUCUUGGCAUAUAUGCUGAAACCUAUAUAUUUGUUUUACGAUAUUGGCCCGCUUAUUUAUGAGCCUGCCUUUACGCUGGAUCUGUUUUUAAAACGGCUCAUCUACGCAUACGAUCUUCAGUUUGAGCAUCAGAUUGGCAUUUUUGGUGUAUGUAGCAAUGGUCGACAUUGUUAAUGGCUGCAAACACAGCGCUUUGAAAACAAUACGGCGGGCUCAUGUACCCUGUACAUUCUGUCAAAGUACGGAUAUAUUUAUUUUAAAAGGAGACGGACUUGUUUAUUUUUAGUUGUGCGUUAAGAGAUUUUAUCAAAAGUAUGUGGCGUUGCAGCAGAUGGUGCGAUCACAAAACAUUUUAAACUUCACAUUUUCCCCUCACAAUGUCUGCGUUGCUUAUGUAACAGACCUCACAGUGACCCUGCAAGUGUUGGUAAAUGUAAUUUCAGUAGAAGUAAAAGUGCUUUUUCAUCAUGUUGCUGAAGAAUACAACGUACACCAGAUGUAUUCUUUCUGCUUACCCUCUACAUACCUUUUCAUCAUGACGAAUAUGAGGGAGCAGGAGAUGUAUAAGGGCUCUCAGCGGGUACUUUAGCACACUUCAGUUCUUCACUUUGUGCUUCUAUGAGACUUCAAUAAAUGCCUGCUUUGACCAAAAUGGACCAGGUUACUAAUGCUGAAGUUCAUUUUGUCAUUUUAUUGAAAUGUAACAUUAAAUUGAGUCUAAAAUAUG